AUGCAUUGGGUGCAUGAAACGAUUGACUGCGUCCAACAGGCCUAUGACUGCAUUGACGCAUUUGGAGCCAGCGGCAGAGUCAAAGAUACGUGGUUGAGGGCUGGUUUUCAAGCCAUUGGGUUUGAUAUUAAGUUGAGUCCAGAUCACGAUUUGACCUCAGAGACCGGAUUCAAAGCAUUGGUGAAGAUGGGCCUUAAGUUGAAGCAAGAGGGAAUAUUGAUCUGUGCUCCGCCAUAUUCCCUAUUUGGACCGGCGUGCAGUUCAAUCCAUCGCAGGACAAGGGAUAAUCCCGCAGGCGAUCAAUCCAAUUUUAAAGUGCGUUUAGCGCAGCGAAUUUGGAAGAGCUUCGCUGUGGCGGUGGGCAUGAUCACAGACAUGCGACCAGACCUCUUUGUUGUCAUAGAACAGCCGUCUGGGUCGUGGGCUUUUAAGCAGGAUUUUAUGCUCACACUCAUCGCUGGCCUCCAGCUGUUGCCUGGCUGGUGA